UAUUUAGCAUUUUUGAAGGUAACAAACAUAAUGCAAUAUAUUACAAAUAUGAAAAACAACAAAAUAAAACUGGAAUAUCCAAAAUUCUAUGCAAGUGAUGUCUAAUUGUGAUCGAAAGUAGAAAUGUUCAAAGUGAUCAAGUGCGUCACAGCUGUUUGUUCUAUACUAAUGAACAUCCCAGUGUUUACUCGCAAGAAAUUUAAGAAAAGGUCGCUGGCAACACUUGAAGAAAAUUUAGCAGAUUUUCGUGAAAGUGGUGGGAGCCCUAAAAAUGCUAAAGAAUUUUAUAAUGUUAUUGACAACAUAUUUUUUGACAUACCAAUCGAUCAAGUCUGUAUUCCUGGUCUCCAUAUUUCCUUGGGUGUAUAUCAAAAGAUGUUUAAAAUGUUUGAGGCUUCUUGUCAAGACUAUGAUGCAAAAAUAGCUCUGCUGUUGGCAACAGAAGACAAUGAAGUGGAUUCAGAUUAUGGUGACUACAUCGAAGUCCUUAAGGAAACAAGUAACAUGCAGCAAAAGCUGGAAGAUGAAUAAGCCAAACUAGCAAACCAGCAAGAUAAGUUAAACUGGCUUGUAAUAUCUGGUGGCUUACAACGGAAUAUACUGGCGUACGAGAAAAAUAUAAUAAAGACUGAGAAUAAAAUCACAGAAUUAGAAUUAGAAAUCUCAACUUUGGCAAAUAACAAAAGAAGUUUGGUGGGUAUGAUCAUCUUUAUUACCUGAGUAAUUAUUUGUGACAUUCGCAAAUGUUUUUUUGUCUUAAAAUUCCCAGUGGCCAAAGUUUUAUUGGCAACCAUGUACAUAAAUUGCUAAAGGUUUGUUAAUACUAAAAAUGAUGUAGCAAUUUAAAAAUGACCUAUUUAAAGAAAAGUAAAAAACAAUCUUGCUCUUAUAAAAAGAAAACAUUCGAAAUUUAACAUCCAGCAUCAAAGAGAUUGUUGCAACACAAAAGUAUCAUGACCAGCUUAUUCACAGUGUGAACUUAGAAAUGGAUAAGUACACACGUUAUUUACUUACUUUGCAGAAGUUCAUAACAUUUACAAUUCAGCAAAAUAUCUCUCGUGUGAGGAAAUACUGGCUUUGUGUGCCAAAAACAAAACAAAAAGAAAGAAUAAUAUACAAAUAGUACAUAAUUCUAGAAAUUUCAAUUAAUAAAUUCAGGAUGCAUCUGCGAACAAACUGGCCUAAAGUUAACAUUUCACCAAAACUGCGUAUGCUUGAAGAUCAUGUCAGCGUUCAUAGCAAAAUGGAAAGUUGGAUUUGGGUUUUAUGGGGAACAAGGUAAACAGCCACUUAAAUUUGAAACCUGGUAACACCAAAAUUUAUGUUUUACAAAAUGUGUUAUUUUUCUGAAAAUGUGUAGCUAGCUUAAAUGUCAAAUUUUAACAUUUUUAAGGUGGAGAAAGCUUGCAUCAUGAAAUCAACAGGAUGUCGAGCAGGUACAGCUGCAUCAAAAACUCAGUUGAGCGGUUACGAAAUACAUUAAAUCAACAUUUUGUUAAUGCAAAUCCUGAAUCAAGCCAAUUAAAACCAAAAAUUAAAAAAAGAAGAAUGGCACGUGAAGAAUAAAUUUCACACUUACAGCUUAGAUACCUAGUUAUCUCUUUAAAUGGAUAUUACUUUCCAAGCUCCUCUUAGUCAUUUCAAAGGUGGAUCAGCUGGUCCAGAAAGAAAACGAAUUGAACAGUUAACAAUUAGCUUACUACAUGCAUAGUUUAUUUUCAUUGACUUUUUGUUGAGCUUACGUUAGUGGUGUAUGAGCAAAGAAACCUUAUUUAGAGUUACAGAGUUGUUUAAAUAGAAUGUUGUUUAGUGUUGUUAUUCUGUGAAAUAUUAGCUUAGUAAUCUGAAACAGUUUUAAUGCCUAUAAUAAAUCAUAGAGUAGAUAAUGUUAAAGGCGGAGUUAAAAUUUUCUGGUUUUACACUAACUUUUUUUUGCCAGAAUUCAGCGCUCUAGCAUUCUUUCAGAAGUACUGAUACAGUUUUUUCGUUUUUCUUACCUUGUAGAUGAGCCUUUCAGCUUUCCAAAAAUAUAUAAUACACCAGCCACAUAACUUCGCAACGUCCACAAAACCAAAAAUUAGUUGGAACAAGUUGUCAUGCUAUUUUUUUUUUAAAAAAAGUAUGCCUUUAAAA